AUGUCCCAACCUAAAAACUUGGCCAGCGUAUCUACUCAAAACUCAAUUACGAUAACAUAUAAUCCUGCGGAUACUGGCUCGGAUAGUUACAAAGUCGCCAUUAGGCCAGGCGACGAGGUGCCCCAACAAGUGACCACUGCCACCAACGAGAAAACACACACCUUCAAUGACCUGAUGCCUUGUGCUACGUACACUGUUGCUGUGGUGUCAGUUCGUAAUGGCAGAGACUCCGCUCCAGAAUCGAUUAAUGUCAAAACAAGUAUGCUGAUAUUUUUUUGA